AUUCCUGUUGUGAAAAGUCUCUUUCUUCGUCUUCUUUUCCUUGGAUCGUCUCUGCAUCCUGCGGCGUCGUGGGGAAGUUGAAGUAACCCCCGAAUCGAGGCGUUACACGUUCCUCCAACCAGCCAAUCAACGAUCGCCACGUAACCAUUUCCUGUUCGCGCGCUCCCGGUGAAGUUCGAUUCCGGCGACGAUCAGUUAAAUCCUCUGUACUUGUCUGGGGAUUGGUACUUUUGUCUCCGUCGUGUGCGCAAUCGGAGACGGAGACGGAGACGGAGACGUUGACGAUGGUAAGAUUUGAUUCGGUUGGGGUCAACCACGCUCGUUUUAGCGGCAACCAGCAGUUUUCUUCUCCGUCCUUCUCUUCCUCUUCUUCUUCUUCUCUCCGGCAUGUCAAUUACAGUUGUGGUGCAUGUGGGUACGAACUGAAUCUAAGCUCCUCGAAUCGGGUCACUUCCACUAUCGGAUCAAAGUACGGGAAAUCCAUAAAGAAAGGAGUCAUAUCGUUCUUUAACAUCGACGAGAGCAGAUUGACUCAGGUCGAUGAGUUCCAAUGCAUGCCUCACUUCUCCAGAAACUCAUGGGGUUUGUUCAGACACAGAACUAAACUCCUCUGCCGCAGAUGUAAUAACCACAUCGGCACUGCUACUGCUCAGGACAAAGCUUCUGCUUACUCGCGCGUAGCAGAAAGCUCGGGGUCGUCUCCCAUGGAUGCCGCCUCUGGUGUUAAGAAGUACGACAUCAAGAUCCGCGCUCUUCAACCGUCUUCUGCCACACAAGGAUCCGGCGCACCGUUCUUCACGUCAACCUCUCGGACAUUCUCUCGGUGAGUCUGCUUCCGUGGACGUUUCAGGACAUCUUCCUUCAAUUUUCGCUCGAGUCUUUCUUGAACUGUUUGUAUCAUCUUGGUUCCGUGGUCGUUACAGUGGUGGAUUUGCUGUUUGUACAGUGUAUUUCUCUUCUUUUUUCUUUUUUCUGCUACUUUUGAAGGAUGGGGCAACGUGUGCAGUCUCCCGACAGACUCAUACCCGUUGUUUUUUUUUAUCCAUUCAUAAUCAAAUAAUAAGCAAUUUUCGCUUGUUUUAUAUUUUAUUCUGUUCGAUUU